GCCAUUCGUCCCUUUGACAUCGCCACCAUCACUUCUCGGCACUGAGGCUGGCGCAACAUCAGCACGGUCAUGGUCACUACGGGCAGCUCAAUUGGCCCUCAUGACUCAGCCACAGGUGCAGGCGAUGUAGUCUCGUCCAGUCUCAGAUCGUGGGACCAAGGAGGAAGAGAACAACUCUACGCAGCCUUCCAGUCAGCUUCUAACGACUCCCCCGACAAUGCCGUCUCUCCCGUCCUCGUUCACCUCCUCGGCGCUCUACUCUCAUCCCACGUCCUCUCACCGCAGCUCUCCGUGCAAGACUUCCGAUCCCUUUUCGAAGCAAUCUCACCACCGCGAGACGACGCCGACAAGGCCGAUGCAAGCGAAGUCAGCAACAGCCCAGGGCCCAGCCGUCAUGCCUCUGCUACGCCAGUACCAUCAGCUCCGCAGGCUCCCAUCCUCUCGUCAUACUUCUCGAACUCCCUCCUCGACGUCAUCUGGGCAGUUGAUGUCGAGAUUGACAUGCGCAGAGAUGCUGCAGGACUGACUCCUUCAGAUGUAAAGGGGAAGGCAACGUCGCCUGCCCAAGAGGCAGAGACAGCAAAGACGAGGCUGGCAGACUUGGUCGCUGGACUCAUCACCUCAAACCACCUUGCCCGCAUCGCGGUGGCCGAACGCCUCGAUGUUCCCCUCCUUGUUGCCAUCGGCCUCGUGUCUGACGAGGCCGACUUCAACCGUAAGGGAGUUCGAAUCAACACCGCCAAUCUCUACAAGCAGCAGAAGUUCAAUCUGCUGCGUGAGGAAAAUGAAGGUUACUCGGGAUUGAUGAAUGAGAUCCUCGGUGGGAUGGGUCCGCCGAUCACGGUCUUGUACGACGUCUCCUCCAUCGACGAGCCUCACAAUUGGCAAACGGCUCCCACACAAGUCGUUGAGCAAGAGCGGCCUGCAGAGCGCAAUCGACGCGUACGAGCAGUCAUGCGAAACAUCUCUGCACUCAUCGGCUACUUUGACCUUGAUCCCAAUCGCGUUCUCGACAUCAUCCUUGACCUCUUUUCCACAAACGUCACGCUGCAUUGGCCCUUCUUCCUGGCUUUGCUUUGGGCCUCGCCAUGGGCCAGAGGAAGAAAGCGCGCCCAGCAGCAGCAGCAGGAUGGAGCGGACGCUAUGGACGUUGAUGAGACGCUUGAGAUUGCCGGCAUUCCCAUUCGUAUCGACAAGGCCUGGGGCAAUCAUACCUGCGCGCAGCUGGUGGGCUUCAAAUUCGACUACUACCGCCAACAAGACACCCGCGAGGACGUUCCAGUCGACCUGUACACUAUGAGCGCCCUGCUCAUACAACACGGCUUUGUCCGGUUCGCCGACCUCUGGCCUCACCUCUCUCCAGACGAAGAAGGGAUGAAGAAGCUCUCAACUGCCUACACGACUUCGCUCAAGGACAAGGCUAAUAGCGCCCGCAGCAAUGCGCUGACUAUGGCUGCUCCACUGGCUGACGAUGAAGGGGGCGCUGCAGCCGGCGACGCGACGAAAGCAGCCGCAGAGGCUGCGGCGGCCGCUGCAGCAGUCAAAGAGCCGCCGAAUCAAGUACUCGGCCUGCUCAAAGCUCUUCUCGCCACCGGCCAGCUAGACUAUUCUCUUUUCAUCCUUGCGCUACAUCCAUGGCUAAUCGGUGCAUUCCCAGAGGUGGCCGACCUGCUCAUUCGCCUUGUCAAAGAGGCCAUUAGGCCGGUAUAUGAGCCCAUGUCCAGUGCCAGUCAAGUUUCCAUCCUGGCCGAGGAAGCCUCCAACGCGGCAAGACCACGCUACGACACGAGAAAUCAGGCAGUGCUCCCCCUGUCCCCUCCUCGUCUCUACGCUACAUCGCUGGCUCCCGAGCCUCCUGCGACGGCGACCUCCCGCUUUGUCUUUGCUUUCGGCGACUGUUGGAAGAAGCAGCUACCCAUCUGCACCAAAAGUGCAGACCUCGUUAAGACCCUCGUGCCCUUGCUUCGCGUCUUGGGCGUCGCUCUGCAUCGUGACUUCGAGCUCUUCCAGCAAAUUUGUCGCCUCGGCCGCGUCCAACUCAAGGCCGCCAACCUCGACGAGGACAUUAAAGGCGCCUGGCUGGAGAUCGUUCGCUUCCACCUGUUCCCCGCCCUGUCCCUCACCGCGGGCAAUUCAGGUCUGCUCAACGAGCUCUGGAGCCUUCUCAAGACCCUCAGCUACACGGAGCGCUUCAGCCUGUACGGCGAGUGGAAGAACGAGCUCUACAGGCGGCCAGAGGUGCGCUUCCGGCAACUCGAGACGGAGAAGGAAGCCCGGGGCAUCCUGAAGCGUAUUAGCAAGGACAAUCUUAAGCUCUCUGGCCGAGCACUAGCAAAGGCGUCGCACGCCAAUCCGCUCAUCUUCUUCACUGUGGCUCUGAAUCAGGUGCAAGUCUACGACAACAUGAUCCCGCACAUCGCAGAAUGCGCCAAGUACCUCACCAUCUUCGAGUACGACGUCUUCUCUUUCAAUCUUAUCGACGCGCUCAGUAAUCCAGAGAAGGAGCGCACCAAGCAGGACGGGCAGAACAUCUCUCUCUGGCUGAAGAGUCUAGCCUCCUUCACUGGAACUCUAUACCGCCGCUACGCAAUGAUGGAUCCCGUUCCCGUGCUGCAGUACAUCUGCAAUCAGCUCAAAGCGAACAACUCCAAAGACCUGGUGAUCAUUAGCGAGCUCAUCCUGAAAAUGUCUGGCAUUGAGCCGCUGGCCAACCUGGCGGACAACCAGAUCGCCGCACUCAGCGGCGGACGCUUGCUUCGCAUGGAGGCUAUGAUGGUUGCCACUGCCGGACCAGGAACAGCAGCUCGUCGCGACAUCCGCCGUACAGGGGCGAGACUCAUGGACUCUCUGCGGGAGAGUCGUCUCGCUGUCGCUCUACUUAUCCUGAUAGCGCAGCAACGCCAAGUGUGUGUGCAUCUUGUGCCCGAGCCCGAGGCACACCUCCGCUACCUGGCCAAUUUGGCCGACAACUGUCAAGAGGUCCUCUUCCAGUAUGUCGAGUUCCUAUACAGCCAGCUGGAGCCCGGAGCGUACGCCGAUUUGAUUCCCAGCACACGUUCACUAUGUGAGCGCUUCAGCAUUGAGCCAGCAAUCGCUUUCCAUAUCGCUAGGCCGAGGCUGCUGCACUCUAUGAAGGUGGCGGACGAUAAGGAUGCCGAGGAGAAGUUGAGGGCCGAGCUGAUGAAGGGGAAGGCAAGGGCUGCUCAGGCGAAGAAGGGAAGUGAAGGGAAGGAAGGAGACGUCAAAAAGGAGGGCGACGAGGGCAACAGUGAAGUGAAGAAGGAAAGCACGGAUGGGGACGUGGAGAUGGGGGAUGUCGCCAAGGCGGAGGAGAGUGACACACCGGAGGAAGAUGCAAAGACCACACCCGCUGCCACGCCUAUCCCCAUUUGGCGUAAAGGCCUCUCUGAAGCAGUUGAAGCAGCCGACGCCAUCCUCUCAGACGAGUCGAAGCGUGUGAUGGGCAAACACUUCUUCGCCACCUUCUGGCAGCUCUCACUCGCCGAUAUCCAAGUCCCGUCGGAGCGCUACGAGCAAGAGAUGCGCACCGUUCAGCGCCUGCUCAAAGCGGCGGACACCGGUGGAGAAAGGAAGAGUAACGCGUUCCUUCAGCAUCAAGACUCUCUCGACCAGCUACGCGCAGAGCUCAAGGCUCGCACUCUUGCCCACCAGGCGACAAGAAGGCGUCUCCUGCAGGAGAAGGACCACUGGUUCCCACACAAUGAGGGCACGACUCGCCCGCUCCUGGUUCAGCAGCUCAUUCAGCACUGCCUCAUCCCACGAGCACUACUCUCCCCCACGGAUGCUAUGUUCGCCGCGAAAUUUAUUCGCCUCAUGCACCUCCACGGCACACGCAACUUCCCCACGGUCACUCUGUACGAUCGUCUCUUCAUCGAGCACGUCGCGCCCAUCAUCUUCUCCUCCACUGAAAAUGAGGCAAACAGCUAUGCCCGCUUCCUGCAGGUGUUGCUGGACGACUUGGCACCGUGGUAUAAGUCGGAAGAACUCUACACCAAAGAAGUCAUCGGCGAAAAGCUUCCAGGCUUUCAGAUGCGUUGGGGCUCGCGUCAAGGCGGCGAGGAGAUUCCGCAGGACGAGCUCCUUUCGCACUCCCAAUUCCGCAACGUGGUGCGCAAGUGGCACGACCAGCUCGCAAAGGCGUUCAAGCUUUGCCUCACUUCGGGCGACUUUAUGCGUAUCAGAAACGCAAUCGCUGUCAUGAACCGACUGGCACAACGCUUCCCCCUCUUCGAUGCGCAUGGGCGGGAGUUGAUCCAAGUGGUGGAAAAGUUGACCAAGGAGGAGACUCGCGGCUCGCUCAAGGUGCUGGGCCAGGGAUUGCUGGCCACGCUCAAGAAGUAUCAGAAGGAGUGGUUGGGCAAGCCGCAGCCCAAGAUUGAGCCAAAGGCUGUGCCGAAAGAGAACGAGGCCGAGCAGGCGGACAGGAAGGCGGACGAGGAAAAAGCGCAGAAGGGUACGACCAGUGCAGCAGAGGACGGAGCCGCGUCUACCGCACCAAAGUCCGAGCCCGCAGAGGCCUCUGCCACUACGAGCGCAUCGCCAUCAGAUCCAGCAGCCAAGGCGACCAACACUCCUGGCCCAGAAACCUCAGACCGACCACAGCGCCAGGCUGCUGUCUCGAAUGCAGCCUCCCCAAUCCCCACCGGCCCUUCAAAUGACCAGCGCAAAGCCUCAAUCCCGUCAAGCGGCCCACCCAAAGGGCCUUCCGCAGCGUCCAACAGCGGCAGGGGGUACGAGGGUAGCCCUCCCGCCCGUCCCGGAGCCGCUCUAUCUCGCACAGCGUCCAAUGGCGCUCAACAGUCUGCUCGCACAGCUCCUCGGGAUACCUCUUCUCGUCAAGGCAACGAGCGCCUCCCCCCAACCGGGCCGCGAGGGAAUCCCUCUCUCGCCUCAUCACGACCUAGCGAUGCCACAGCGACAAAAGACGACGACUCCCUGGCCACCGCUCGCCAAGCCGCUCUAGGCACCAUGAUGAAUCCACCGCAGGCCCCAGCGAGUACGUUGGGCGCUCAGGCUGCAAGGGAGAAGGGCACGCCUGGAAUUUCUGAGCGCGAGAGGGCCAAUGAGCGACCAUCGUCGCGUGACGAGAGGGACAGAGAGCAGCGAGACCGGGACCGGGACCGCCCCCGUGAUCGCGAUCGCGGGAGAGACAGUCGAGGCCCAAGCAGUGCUGCUCCUUCCCGCGGCAACUCGCCUUCUGCUACUCGAUCCUCAAGCCGUCGAGACGCUACGGAGAGAGGGGCAGCCACCACGGCCUCUCCGCGAGACACCACGCCUGCUCGAGAGAACGCCACAGCUGGUGGAGAGACGCGCGAUUCUGGUUGGGGCCCGAGGAGGGAGCGAGGGGAGAGAGAUAGGGAACGCGAGCGCGAUAAUCGGGAGCAAAGGGAGCGAGAGCGCGACCGAGACCAGCGAGACCGUGAUCGUGAUCGUGAUCGUGACCGAGAAAGAGACGACCGCCGUCGAGGCGGUGACAGUCGACGGUCGACCUCUGAUCGGUAUGGCAGCGAUCGUGGGCGUGGCGGUGCGGAUACGUCUCGCGACAGGGACCGAGAGCGGGAGCGCGACUCGAGGCGUUCAGGCGCAGCCUCAAAUCAGACGGCCGAAGAGGAGGCCACGGCCAACGCGUAUUCGCAGCGCAGCUCGAGGCGGGGUGAGCCUCCGCACGUGAGGGAUCGACGAGAGGCAGGCGACGAGGCUGCUCAUCAGCAGCGCAGCCAUGACCUGCCGCCGCCUCCUCAGCAGCAACAGCAACAGCAACGCACUCGUGAGCUCUUUGGCAACGGUAAUGGCGCUUCCACGGGUCAAGGGCCGGCCUCGUCAGUGCCGCAGCGCGUCUGGGGCGAGCCGCAAGGCGCGACGUCGCCUGCCCCGCUGAGGGGCGAGCGAGAGGCGCAAGGAUCCCCCUCCGAUCGAGGAGCACCACCUUCUGGCCCUUCCAUCGCUGGCAGUAGUCGACGCAGCGAGCCCGGUGCAGCUUCCCAAUCGCAGUCCAUGUACCCACCAAGACGCGACGCACCUGCUCCCCCUGCUCCUCACGAGGCGGGCGAGGCCUCUCCUUCCACUGGCGGCGGUAGUCUUAAGCGCAGUCUGGCCGACCGCCUGGCGGGCGGGCCACCUGGAGAUGCUGCCAGUCCAGGCGGAUACAAUACCGGGCCAGGCGGACAGCGAUCUCGCCCUGCCUCUCGGGGUGGAUCACCUGCUUCUCCUUCUGUUCACACAGGUGGAGCUCAAGAGGGAGGACCAGAUGCGAAACGGCCGCGCAUGCAGCACGGGAACAGCGGCGGGCGAGGCGGAGGUGGGCGUUUCAGCAACGGGCGCAACAGCUUCGGCGGCGGUGGUGGUGGUGACGAGGAAGGCGCUGCUGGCGGAGGUGCUCGUUCAACAACGCCAACGGGACCCGCGGCGCGGGGGUCCAACUCGCCUGCCACGGGCGGUCAAGGCGGGGCCGCUGGAUCUGGGCUACUUCGCCAAGUCUCGAUCAGCGGGUCAGCAGCAAGGGAAAGGGAACGCGAGCGCCGUGAAGGGCGAGAAGGCCAGUACCACGCGCAGCCGCAAGGGCAACAGCAAGACGAAGGCUACCCUCGUCCGCAAGGUCAUCGUGGCGGUGGAGAAAGAAGGGGCAGCCAUAGACGCAAUGGCGGGAGAGGCGAUGGGGACAGGUUCAAGGAUCGAGCGAGGCGCAGGGCUGGCGAGGAGUGAGUAACGAAUCUGGAUGUACGUUAUGCGCAAUGGUCAUGAGGAUGCGAUCUGAGAUCGGUAGCAAGUGAGUGCAUGGGUGUAGAUGUGGAAUCUCGCUCAGCCACGGGCGUGAAGGGAUCGUUGCUCGUAGGUAUCGAAUGGGCGGGCGGAGAUACAAGGUGGGCGGCAGCGCGGCGGCGCAAGCACGGC